UCUGUCAAAAAAUCCGAAAUCGGAACGGAUAGCAUAAGAUAUUCUCCUCUAUUGUUCAUAUUUGAUUACUUGAUAGAUUAGAAUGAUUAUCUCGUAAAAGCUCUAGUAUCAUUAACUAGAUAAUCUGUUGAUCAAAAGCGCCUUCUUUCAAGUAUUAACGCACUAUACGUAGAGCAAAAUGAAUAACUUUCUCCGCAGCUCCAGUUUCAGCCAGGAAACGGCAUCUCUUUUCACCAAUGAAAAAUAUGCAUCGGCCUGUGGCAAGGUCGUUAAAUUGCUGAACGAAUCAUUGAUGGCUAAUGCCAGCCAGAAAUGUGAAAUCAUUUCAAAAGUUCAGGAGCUAAUACUGCACUCUGAUACGGAUCUGUUACUGGAAUUUCUAGAUAACAUACUUUCGUUUGCGCAUGAUACCAAUCAGGAUGUCCGGAAAUCGGUAGCUGGAUUUAUAGAGGAAGUUUGCAAGAUAAAUAUACCUUUACUGCCCAAAUUAGUUAACGUUUUGUUCGCAUUAUUGCGAGAUUCCGCUCCAAGCGUUGCUAAAAGGGUUAUACAAGGUAGUGGAGCCAUUUACAAGCAAGCGCUGCAAUGGAUUUGUUCGCUUACGGAUAUCACCGAGGAAGUGGAACAAGCCUGGAACACACUCUGCUUGAUAAAGGCAUCGAUUCUGGAUAUGAUCGACAAUGACAACGAUGGUAUAAGAACAAAUGCGAUCAAGUUUCUGGAAGGAGUAGUCAUACUUCAAACUUAUCCUGAUGAAGAUAGUAUGAAGCGAGAGAAUGAUUUCUCGUUAGAAAACGUUCCGCUGACGUUGAAAAUUGCCCGCAGACGCAAGCUGGAAGACGAAGCCGUGAAUAUUUUCGAGCUGUUAUUGCAGUUCCAUGCUGCAUCGCAUAUUUCAUCGGUAAAUCUUAUCGCUUGUACGGGAACGCUGUGUAUUAUAGCGAAGAUGCGCCCUUCAAUGAUGAAUCAAGUGGUGGAUGCUUUCAAAAAUCUUCACGCUAAUCUUCCACCAACUUUGACGAAUUCCCAGGUUAGCUCGGUUCGCAAAAACUUGAAGAUGCAAUUUAUGAGCCUCUUGAAACAUCCAGCUUGCUACGAGCAUCAAACUAGCAUCACCCAAAUCCUGCAGGAUCUCGGAGCGUCCAAUACCGAAAUCGGGCGGGCGAUUCCCAAACUGGACAAACGCGAACAGCAGCGACGAGCGAAGCGAGCACUGGAGAAUUCUAUGUCUUCUCAACUAGCGGCGAAAAAGGCCAAAUUGGGUGAGCAUAUGCGGAGAGAGAAAGAACGGGUGGCAGCGGCGAGUGCCGCUCCCCGACAAAUGGAAGUAGAUUUUGAUGAACUGAACGAGCAGCGAUUGCGGUCUAAUCGUUUGAAUGAGCAAUUCCUGACAAAUCACCUUCAGAAGAUCGGCGUGGUUGUACAGCUGGUUAUGAAUAAUAUGGCCGAGCUGCCAUCGGAGCCGACACAACAUUUCCUGCAGACAUACAGCCCAACAUCGCCGGAUGUUACCAUUCAACAGCAGAUUCAGAAGAUCGCCCAAACGUUCGCCGAACAGAUGACCGAUAACAAAGUUGGCCCAGGAGUGUCCGCCAUGACCAAGGAAGUACCAAUGAGACCUAAAAUAAGCGAUGACGAGGAGAGGAGUAUUAUUCAUGGUCCUAAACGUCGGCGUGAUUUAGACGCUGAUACUAUUGAAGACGAAGAGGAAGAGGAGGAAAUUGAUAUGGACAAACUUUCGGAAGAAGACAGGAAAAAGUUAGAAGCUAAAAGAAAGCUCCGGGAAACGUUGGAACGGGCGAAAGGCAAUUCAGGAGAGCCAAGGUUGAAGCAGCGUGUCAAAGCACUGCGUCUACAAGAUGUCACGAAGCCGCUACCGCGUGACUUCAGGCACACAUGUCUCAACGAUGCGGUCAGGAGAAUCCUAAAAGCGGAAAAGCAAGCGCUCAUCGGAGGAGCUGGAUUCAAACGGAAGCGUAUUGUCACCGUUUUCGGGUCCUGUUUUAUGUUUUCCGUUAGAGAUAUCAUCCUCGAGUUUGUACUUGAAGACAUAAGCAAAAGACUAGAUUUGGCGUUCUCCUGGAUUUUCGAGGAGUACAAUUUGCUGCAAGGCUUCACCCGGCAUACCUACAUCAAAUCUGAAAUGAAGCCAGACUUUGCGUACACGCAGCUUUUACUGAAAAUAGUUACAAACGUUGUAGAGCGGCAAGAGUUCCGGGAGAAAGAAUCGAUUCUGAAAAGGGUUUAUUUGGAGGCUCCCAUGAUCCCUGAUGAUCUGAUCUCAAUGCUAAGCUUUAUGUGCCAACUAGAAGAGCUUUCCGAUUGUGGCAUGCAAAUAACGAAAGAUUUGCUCAUCAGAAGACCUCCCAAGGAGAAGGUCUUUCUUAACAUCCUCUUCAAAUACGCGUUCUGUGAGAACGUUGUUAUUCGAGAGAAAGCAAUUCACUAUUUAAUGCACAUUUACUCACUGCAUCAUAUCCUGAUGGAAGAGAUGGAAAGUCGAGCCCUGCUUUGGUUAGGCUACUUGGAGGAAAAGGAUCCGCCAGAAGGAAUAUUCGCUGCUGAAUUCAAUCGCGCGGAGCAACCAUGGGUGUGGAACGAUGAGCUGGCCAAAACCUGUUUGGGAUUGUUUCUGGAAUUGCUUGUUUACAAGCAGGAAUUGAUGCAUAGGCUGUCGGAAGUUUACAUAAAGGCCACUUCGGAUAUGAAAAGAGCUAUGCUGCGAGCCAUUGAGGCACCGGUUAGGAAAAUCGGUGCUGACAGUGAAGAAUUACUCAAACUCAUCGAACAAUGUCCGAAGGGAUCGGAAACUAUCAUAACUAGAAUAAUCUAUAUUUUGACGGAAAAAACCAUUCCAAGACCAGAACUCGUCGAACGAGUUCGCAACCUACACCAGACUAAGGUAUCAGAUGUGCGUCUUCUGAUUCCAGUCAUAAACGGACUUACAAAGAAAGAGAUUCUCAAUGCUCUGCCGAACCUCAUCAAAUUGAAUCCCGUAGUGGUAAAAGAGGUAUUUAAUCGACUGCUCGGCAUCGGUGCCGAAUACAGUAGUUCGAAUCUACCCAUCACUGCAGCGGAACUUCUGGUGGCCCUGCAUACAAUCGACACAAACAAAGUCGAACUAAAAUGGGUAGUGAAAGCCACCUCUCUUUGUCUGGCGGAGAAGGAAACUUACACCCAUGAUGUACUAGGAAAUGUAAUCCAGCAGCUAGUGGAAGUAACUCCUCUACCAACGCUACUGAUGAGAACGGUCAUUCAAUCGCUAACACUUCACCCGAGGUUAGCGGGAUUUGUUAUGAAUUUGUUGCAGCGUCUGAUUGGGAAACAAGUCUGGAAGCAGAAGGUCGUUUGGGAUGGCUUUCUGAAAUGUGCUCAACGUCUGACACCCCAAAGUCUUGGGAUACUGAUCCAACUGCCGGCCGUUCAACUGCAAGAUGCUUUGAAUAUUUGUCCGAAGUUCAGAGCGCCUAUGUUGGAACAUGCCCGCGAGAUUAUGGAGCACCAAAUAGGACAUGUUUCACAAGAUCGAAUGGAUGUAUUGUUGGGAAUUUCACCGCAUACACCUUCGGGAACAACGGACGUCCAGGUUGUUGGUACUUACAGCGACAAUGUACAAAUGACUCCUCACUUGCCGGUGAUGAUCAAACAGGAAAAAGACGCAGAGCGGCCUGAACCGGCUCCUCCUGGUAUGGAUUGAGCUGGAGAACACUAGGAUUUGUCAACGAAAUACAUACAGUUCUGAAUAUAAAAGUCGCAAAAAUAUUUUUGUUUAUACAAUUUUGUCUAUUAUUGAGGCUUCAAACUAUAAAGUACAUCUAUAGAUAUUAUUGUUCAAUAUCAA